AUGUUACCCAAUAACUCUUCUUCCUCAGUUCCUUCUUCUGAGCCCUUUUCUUGCUUAGAAAAUGGCAAUACCAAUAAAAGGAAAAGAAGACCUGCAGGAACUCCAGAUCCAGAUGCGGAGGUGGUGUCUCUUUCACCGAAAACCUUACUGGAAUCGGAUCGUUACGUUUGUGAGAUCUGCAACCAAGGAUUUCAGAGAGACCAGAACCUGCAGAUGCACCGGAGACGGCACAAGGUGCCUUGGAAGCUGUUGAAGCGAGAGACUCCGGUCGUAAAGAAGAGGGUGUUCGUGUGCCCAGAGCCAAGCUGCCUGCACCAUGACCCCUGCCACGCCCUCGGUGAUCUUGUUGGCAUCAAGAAGCACUUCAGAAGAAAGCACAGCAAUCACAAGCAAUGGGUUUGCGACAAGUGCUCCAAAGGUUACGCAGUUCAAUCCGAUUACAAAGCCCAUCUCAAAACUUGCGGCACCAGAGGCCAUUCUUGCGACUGCGGCCGUGUUUUCUCAAGGGUUGAGAGUUUCAUAGAACACCAAGAUGCCUGCAAUAUGGAUCGUGUGCGGUCAGAAUCACAAGCACUGCAGCCGGCCGCAUGCUUGUCAAGAACAGCUUCAAGUCCCAGCCCAUCCUGCAGUGACAACAAUUUCAGCAGGGCUCCUCCCAAUUGGCCUCCUCCAUCUAAUUUGGUGCUACCACAUCCGAACCCAACCGAGUACACCAAAUUAAUCUUAACUAGUACUAGUCCUCCUGCUCAUCCUGAUCAUCUUCAACCUACAUUAGUAUCCAAUAAGGCACUCUACAAUUUGGAUCUUCAGCUCGCAACAACAUCCAAUAAUAUUCCCAUCAACGAAGUCUCAUCGGUUUCCUCUAAGAGAGAAGAAAACCAUUCCACCCAGCUGCAACUCUCAAUUGGGUCAUGUGAUUUUGGUGGCGGUGAACUUCAUCAGAAUAAAAACGUUGAACACUCGAACUUUAUGAUCACAAAUAGAAAUUACUCUCCGAGGGACAAGGAGAUGAGGGAAAGGGAAAGCAGCAGCACCACUACCAAUCAUCAUGAGCAUGAUGACGAUCAGAAACCAAAACCUUCAGCUGGGAUAUCCAUAUCGGCAGCAUCGUCAAGGCUGAAAGAAGAAGCACGAGAGCAGUUAAGGCUUGCCAUGGCAGAAAAGGCUUAUGCUGAAGAGGCCAGGCGGCAAGCGGAGCAUCAGAUUGAACUGGCCGAGAAGGAGUUUGCAAAUGCCAAGAGAAUAAGGCAACAAGCACAAGCUGAGUUAGACAAAGCUCAGGCUUUGAAGGAGCAUGCCAUCAAGAAAGUGAACUCCACCAUUCUCCAAAUCACUUGCCAUGCUUGCAAGCAACAAUUCAUUCAAGCUGAUCAUCCAACAACAAGAUCAAGGGCAACCCCAACCCCUACUCACGAGGCAAUCAAUCAUUCUCUGGUACUCAGUUACAUGUCAUCGGCUAUAACAUCAGAAGGUGAUCCAUUAGACAAUAAUAAUAUUCGACCUCAUCAUGCAAAACCUGCUAAUUAA